AGUGGUUAUUAGUUGUAUUACUCACUUUCGGAAGGCCUCGGUAUGCGCAUAGACAAACAGGAAAUUUUUCGGCAAGGUAAAUUUUGACAGUUCAGUGAUAAGGAUAAACGUGCACAUUCCAGUCAAAAUGUCAGUUUUGACAUUGGAGGCUAAAUUAGAACGAGUGGACCCUAGCACACCAUGGGGAUUUCGUAUGCAAGGAGGAAAGGAUUUCCAUAGUCCGUUGUCGAUUCAGCGGGUUAACGCUGGAAGUUUAGCCGCUAAAUGUGGAUUACAACAAGGGGACAUAAUUCUAAAAAUAGGAAGUGUAGAAACAGAGGUGCUCCGACACAAGGAGGCACAGGACAGUAUACUUCAUAGUGGAAAUAAAUUAGAUUUGUUAUUGCAGAGAAUUCGAGAUAAAAGAGGUAUAAAUAAAUUGAUCGGAAGAAACCUAGACCAGUAUGUAGAUUCAAAAGGUAGUACACCAACUCAAACCUAUGUAUCAACACCUCCUGUAGGAGCCUAUAACCUUCAAGGAUCUGGUCCCACAUCACCUGCUAGCACUGCCACUAGUAGUCCAGGAAGCCAGAACUAUAACCAAUCAGCCAGACCAUUUGGAAAUACCUCCAAUAAACCUAGCUAUGGCGUGGACAAUGUCACACAAAAAACAUCACAGAUGUCAUUCAGUCCUAAACCAGUUGCAGUUGAUUAUCAAAGUGCCGGUCAAAAAUAUGCUGAGAGAGACGAAAAACCACCAUCAGCAUCGAUGCAAUCUAAAUCAUUUAGGUUCUUGAAAGAUACACUUGACAGUGGACAAGAACCUCCAAGUGCUUUGAGACCUAUAAAUAAAUCAGUAACCAACCAGAGAGCAGUCUCACCAAACACAGUGGUUUCAAGUAAUUCUAAACCUCGACAGUUCAACACACCUACUGGUCUUUACUCAGACCAGAACGCUGCUGAUGCCCAUAAAGCGCAUGCCAGGGAUAGUGAUGAGAAUGAAACUUCAAAUCAAAGUGGUGCUGAUUCAGAAAUCGAUGAACAAGGCAAAAAGAUUUACCGACCCUCAGAGACAUUCAAACUCGUACAUGAGGCAGAAAGUGGUGAAAAGAAAAAUGAGGACGAUUAUAAACCGAAUCAUUCUCGAACAUUUAAAUUUUUACAACAACAACUUAAUAAUGGCAGUGAUGUUCAGCAAUCAGCACCACCAUCUGCUCCAAAGGCGCCUCCACCGCCGUCUGCUCCUAAAGCGCCACCUGCAUCAAAACCAGGAGUUUGGACGCCAGGGCAAUCACAGGGAGGUCAUGCUACAGCCCCUAAGCCAUUCUCUCCUACUGUACAGCCAUCCCCUCCUGCUCCAGGAGGACCUCGUGGAGGGGCUGCACCUAAACCUACUGGGGUUGGUGCUGUUAGAGCUAAGAAAGGAGAAGCAUCUAUGUUUAUGUCUGGUGAUGCCGCUCCUGGUGGCCAAAGAACACCAGUAUGUAACUCCUGUGGCAUGAAUAUCAGCGAACAAAAACGAGGGCCAUUUGUGGUAGCGCUAGGUAAGACCUGGUGCCCUGACCAUUUUGUCUGUGCCAACCCUCGCUGUGGUACUAAGUUACUGGAUAUAGGAUUUGUAGAAGAGGGAGGAUUUUUGUACUGUGAGAAAGACUAUGAACUUUACUUUGCACCUAAAUGUGCUGUCUGUGGUAGUGCUAUUGUUGGGGAAUGUGUAAAUGCCUUACAGAAGACUUAUCACCCUAAAUGUUUUACCUGUGUACAGUGCAAACAACAGAUUGGAGGAAACCAGUUCCAUUUGGAAGAUGGCAAACCUUACUGUGAAAAUGAUUGGAGACAACUUUUCCAGACCAUGUGCCACUCUUGUAAUUUCCCGAUUGAACCUGGAGAUAACUGGGUCGAAGCUAUGACCAAAAACUAUCAUUCUGGAUGUUUUAAUUGUUCUACAUGCCAGAUUGGUUUAGAAGGACAGCCGUUCUUUGCUAAAGCUGGUAAACCUUACUGCAAACAACAUGCUCGAUAGAUAAUACCAGAUUGUAACCAUGGUAACCAGUGUGUUCUUAGAUUGCUCCACUACAUAGUAUAGUGCCUUAACAUAUCUCCAUUUGUAACAUUGCAUUAUGGGAUGUGAAUGUGAUGUUACAUAUUUUUAACUUAUAUAUGCAAUAGAAGAAAUUUUUAAAAUGUUUUAUUUUGAAAACUGGAUUAUUUAUAGUAUAUAUAACGAAUUUUGGAAUGAGUGAGUUUUUGUAAAUUGUGUAAAAAAUAUAUUAUUGAAUAGCUAGAUUUAUUGAAAUUUGUUAUUAUUGAUAUGGAAUUAAUUAGAUACAGUGUAAUAUUGAAGUGUAUGGAAUUACCACAACCGAAGAAAAAAAAAUGAAAAUUUUUACGUUAUAUUUUUCAUGUUGAUAAAGUUUAUCAUAAUUCACAUUUAUAAUAUAAUUACAACUAUAAGAAGAUGUGAUAUUGUCAAAAGUAAAAAAAAAAUCAUUUAUAUAGUUUUCAUGGAUCUGAAAUCCAUAUCUAUUAAGAUUAAAGCUCACACAGCUAUUGUCAUAAUGUCAACAGGUCUUCAUUAUAAAAAUUCACUGAUAUACUAUUUUUUGAUGAAUCAGCAUAGUUUUGAUAAUUUUAUAUUAAAAAUCUUUAAGAUAAAGUUUAAACACGCACCCAAAAAUUAUACAGAAAUCCAUACAAAAUCUGAUUAAAAAUGUAAGCUAAUGGCUAAAUCUUUUAGAUGCUGAAUUGAAAAUAUUCAGGUUUAGAACACAAGACAAUUUUUUCUCUUUAAAGUGCAAUUAAAAAGGCUUUCUCUUUAUAUAAAAUAAAUCAGAAAGCUGAUUAGAAGAAAACUUACGGCUUUGCCUUAAAAUGUUAAAUGAAACACAUAUCUGUUGUUAUGAGGCCCAACAACAGAUAAAUGUUUCAUUAACAUACAAAUCAUUUCCAUGACUUAAGACAAUAACAUUAUUAUGGUGAUAAUCAAUUUCUUGAUAACUUUUCAAAAUAUAGUCCUCCAUUAUGUAGAAGAUCACUAUAAAGCGCCAUUUACAGCAACAUAUCAUUUUCAGUUAAGACAAUUUAGAGAAAAACAUAUCCAGUCGUAGAAUCUACUUAUAAUUUAAUAAUGUUACUAAAUUUUGUAAUGACAAGAAUUUUUUCCAAAAAUAAGACAAUUUAAAAAAAAAAUGCAGAUAGAUAUGAAAAUUCUCUGAAAAAUUCUCAUUAGUAAAUACAUGAAAUAUCAUCUGCUUUAUAAUCAAAAACAUAAUAGCUCUCAAAUAUCAUCUGAAAUGGUUAAGACAUAGCAAGUUUGGUACUGGUACCUUACUUUAUAAAGAUGCACUAAAUUAUUCUUAGCAAUAAAGAUCUAUGAAUGAUCCACACAGCAAGUGUCUAACAAGGUUUGUUUUUUGUUAGUCUGAAGCAUACUUACAAACAAAAUGUAAUUGUCACACAAUAUAUAUGUGUAUAUUUUUGCCACACAAUAUAUAUAUUUGUAUAUUUUGGUGUGUGUUUAUGGUAAACAAGACAACAAGUUACUUGUGAUGAAUCAAAACCUUUGUGAUAGUAUUCUGUGCCUUUAAACUUUUAUAUUUCUAUAUGGUUUUUUUUCCUUUCUCACUGCUUUGUAUUUAUAUCAAAUUUGAAACUUAAUGAAUGGUAUUAACAUCUGGACUCAUUUGAUAAUCAAAAAUUUAAUAAUUAUUUCUAUAGUUAUACAUUACAGGGUUAGAGGGUAUAGCUAUGACUUUUCAAAUUCUACAAAACCUUUAAAACAUAUAAAAUUUGAACCUGGUUUGUGAUACAGGCAUUGCAAUGUUCUCAUUUUAUUAACUAUUAGAACACAUUUGAUAAUAACAAUACAGGGUUAGAAUUUAUAGUUAGGAAUCUUUUCAAAUUCAACAAUGUCUUUGACAUUUAUUAAAAUCUAACCUUGUGAGUGAUACAGUCAUCUGAAGUUAUUCUCCUUUUAAUAAUUAUUAGAACAAAUAAGACAAUAACAAAGCAGGUUUAGAAUGUAUAUUUAUAAAUCUCCAAAGUUCAUAUUUAGUGUGCAAAUGAUAUAUUUGAAUGAGAUGUGUUUGAGUGAUUAUUUUUGUUAAGAACAUAUUAUUUGUUGGUUUGUUAUAUUUAUUUAUGUAGAGAUUUUUUCUUAUACAAAACAGCUUCUUCCUUUUAUGUCCCAUCAUGAAUUUUCUAUUUUUACACGUUACUAUGGUAUAUCUUUAUAUUUAUAAUAGUAGCUUUUUCUGAUUAUAUGAUUAAAGCAAGAUCAUCACGCUAGAAAUACAUUUAUUGGAUAUGCCUUGCUUUCAAUAAAUAUGCUAGCUUAUAAAAAAAUUAUUAACACAAAUUUUUGUUUCAAGACAAUGAUUUUUUUUACAUUAUUAUACAAAAAUGGUCAAUAAUAAUAAUUUACAACCAUAACUUUAAAAAAAAAAAUCACUUUUGAAAGUGAAGUUUUGAGUUUGAUUUCUGUGAGAGAAAAAUAAAACUGUACAAUGAUGAAAGUGUACAAGCUAAAGAUUGAUUCAGUAGCUAAACAUCCAUUCAAGUACUUCAGCUAAUACUUUUCAACUGGAAAUACACAAGAUCUUUUUAAUGAGAUGGGCAAACCAUUUAUUAGAAUGCCUCAUGAUCUCCAGAUAUAUGCAUGUGCUGGAUGAUAGUUAAUUAGGAGCAUUUAUAAAAUUAUUCAGUUCAGCUUUGUACAUGUAUUAAUUAUGAUAUUGAUUAACUGAGAAAAAGUAGUGAUAUUAUGGUAUGCGACUAUUCAAGACAGUGUAAACAUUAUAUUGUAUAAGAUAUGGAAACACAAGGUACAAAAGAGUGGCACAUCUGAGAAGAUGUGACUGUAUAAUUGGUUAUCUGUAUCAAUAAAUAUAUCACAGUGACCUACUUUAGUAUAAGGAUAUUGUUAUUGGCUUGUAGUACUUAAUUAAUAUUGAAUGUACAUGUAUUCCAUAACGAACAAAAGAAUUUAAUUCUGAUAAUCAUUGUAUAACCCUGCAAUGUAUAUUAUAGUGGUGUUAGGAAUGUUGAGAAAUAAACUUGUUCUUAAGUACAA